ACUCCUUUUGUUCCUUCGUUUGAACCAGCAGAUCCUUCCUUUCUCAACUCAUUCAUGCAUCAUUGCAAACGAACAAGGCAAGAUGAUGAUGAUGGAGGACAACAGCACCACUAGUAAUGCAACUACAAAUGAACGAAGACGACCACUGAUGAAAGGUCUGAGCCCGGUUCGAAAACGGCUCCAUUUCCAGACGCCUCGCAGCAACAGUCAAAGCAAACGAUCUCUCAAGCGACGACUCCAGAUUCUCAUUGGUCUCUACUUUGUCCUCUGUGUCUCCUUGUCGGCGCUAUUGUUCACAUGGACGGUUGCCAAGACGGUCGAUCAUACGGAAAGUAGUAGUGGCGGUUUUGGGGGAACGACGUCAUUCUUGCGGAAUCCCUUUCGACGCGUCACCAUGAGUCGGAACAUGUUGCAAGUAUCACAAUCACAACAACAACAACAACAUGCACACCUACAGCUAGCAUCACAACAAGCAUUACAACAACAAAGGAGAGACGAUGACCUGUCGCUGAAUGUUCCGGAACAUUUGAGAAUACCCGACGAUGAACCGGUCGUGCACAUUAUCAACACUCGUUUCAUGCAACGCCAACCGCAUUUGAUCGAAUUGGGACUGGCGCGUCUCGAAUUGCUCCAGACCAUUUGUCUUCCCACGUUGCGACAACAAACGUCACUCAACUUUUUGUGGAUUCUACGGACGGAUCCAGAUUUGGCACAGCCCAUUCGACAAGGACUCCUACAGAUGAUUCACAAUGCUACUGCUUUGACGCCCCAUUUUCGGGUCGUCGUCUUGGAGUCGAAUACAAGUCCCGCCGGGUUUCGACGGCCCGAAGAGCUGGAGGCAUCCCAAGUGUGGACGCGCAAUCUCGGCUUGUACCAACAUUUUCAAGAAGCGGCACAAUCGCGGAUUGUCUUGGAGACCCGACUCGAUGCCGACGAUGGAUUGCACACGUACUUUGUUGAAAUGAUGCAAGAAGAAGCCGUACGGUACAUGAGCAAUGACAAGAAACAUGGCAAUUGGUUGGUAUGGUGUAUGGGAACACACGUCGAAUGGCAGUACGGAACACCCUGGGAAUCUAACAAUCUGCAAUUGGACAGUACGGGCGCCAUUACCAAUGUCACGGAACGGGCACAUCAAAACAAUGACUUGAUUCUCACCACGGAUCACGAUUACGGAAGUCUCUUGCCUGGAUUGACACGAGGCUGUAUUACACCUGGAUUGACCAAAGGAUAUGGACGCCACGUAGCAUUUGAAGAUAUCCCCGAAGCACAACAUCACUUGUUGCAUACGAGGAUGCGCCCGUGUGAUGACGACGAGAAUGCCAAAAAGCGACAACAUUGUUUAGUCAUUUGGAAACGGCUCAUUCCCUGUGCCAUUCGCGGUCGAACGCCCACCAGUGCCGGGAUGCAGUUUGUAUUAGGGCCCAAGCAUACAUCGUAUCUGAGUCCAGAAUCCGAAGCGGCCUUGGGAUUGCAAACUGUGCAACAAUUACACGACAAACAACCCAUGAUGUGGAACUCGGUCACACGACGAUUCCUCAUUAGCAAAGAGUCCAUUGCAAGACUGCGGGUGUUCUUGACGGAUCACUUGCGGGGGAUUGCACAAGACAAUUUGGAAGGACAAUGCACUCCGGGACAUUCGUGCAAGAAUUCGAGCAAAGUCAUCUUGACCGAGUUGCUCAAAGAGGCCAACAACAACAAUGCCACCACACAGCAAUAA